UUUGACAGGUGGCGCUUUAGUCGGGAUAUGGGAUAUGGAAUAUGGACCAUGUAUUGAAUUUGAAUUGAGCCAGUGCAGUGCAACAGCUACAAUCUGUGGUUCCGCCUGCAUUUUGUUUGACAUGUCCUUGGGGUCAUUGUGCCCAUGCCAAAACUAAAGUAACGUUAAUUUCGAAAUGAACGACAGAAAUGUUAGCCCACCAAAUAAUUCUGUAUCAACUCCGCCAACUUAUAAAAAAGUGCGAAAUCCGUUUGAUAGAGUACUGAUCGAGAAAUUACACAAACCAAUAUGCAGCCCUUCAAUGUGCAAAAUUUAUAAGAAAGAACGGCGAGGUUCGUUCCGUUGGGACAUAGACCAGGCAUGCACGUUAGAUCCGAAGGACAUUGUAGCCUGCAGCAGUCAAUUCGAGCCUUCGCCAGACCCAAAUUUCGAUAAAAUAGCUGAAGAGGCUACAGACAUGUUCUUUUCACAAGAAAUGGUAAUGCCAAGCCCAAUGGAGUCCUCAAAGAAGAAACCACAGCUUAUGCCUCUUGAUGAGAGUGAAAAGAUUGUUAAAAGUUUUACAGACAGCACUGUUGUCAUGAAAGAUGUUUCAGCUCAGACUGCCCUCAGUUUACCUCCAGAACUACCUCCAGAAUUAGAGAAAAUAUUAGCACCAUACUUCACAUUCAGUCAGGGCCAAGACAGAUUCGGAGAGUAUGAAAUCACAGCAAACGGAUCUUUACGUCGGAAGUUAUUCUUCGAACACAGCGACACCGAGCACCAUAGCGAGUGCGAUUCGGAACAAACAGAUGAUGAGCAUCACGAGGCGAGGCCACCGUCGAGCUUCGAGGCGCACGAUCCGGUCACGUUCAGUCCUGAUUUGUACAAGGACUUCGUAAAGAAAGGGAUGAAGCGAACAUUCGGCACGCCUCUAAGACAAGGCCCGUCGCACUGCAAACUUCGCAACAAAAUCUUAGAUGUCGUAGAUUUCGGGGACAACUGUUUGAGUCCUAUACACUUCAACACUCCACCGAAGAGGCUCGAUGAACAGUCUUCUGCAUCGUCGUUUGCUUCUACUUCUAUAUCACCGGUUACUAAAGUAACUUCUAGUGAUGAAGAGAAAAAUAACUUCACCUCGCCCGAAUCCGAAGCAAUGGCGACAUGUUUAGACUGCAUAGCCUCUGACUCAGACCCCGGCAAGAAACGCCAGUGCUUUUGCAAGUCCGUGCCCAACAUUAGCUUAAAACGCAGCGCUUCCUUAAAGGAUUCACCGCCCCGGAGGAAACAUUCGUUCUCAUUCGCGGGCAAGCGCAGUUUGAGUCUGUCGAGUUUGCAUCGCAGCCGGUCGGUCCAGAAGCUCGACUUCAGCAUGAACAUGAGCGUGGAUGGCUCGCUGCACAACCAUUCGCAAGCGGAUUGUGAAUCGUCACCUAAGUCACCUACACCAGCCGGAGGCGAUUCGUGGUCGCUAGUCGGAGAAGCCAGCGUCACCCAUUUAGAUACAGAAUCUCACAACGAGCACACCACCAAAAGGCCUACUGAGAAGUACAGCGUAGAGACCAUGGACAACACACCUAUCAAAGGCAAAACGAAGAGUAGUGGGCGACAUGAAAUUAGCACAAUUCGGGCACCAUUGAACAUGACCCCUAUGGAUAUGUCCCUAGAUAAUAGCUUAGAUACCUCAGACAACGCCCUAAGCAUGGAGGAUAAGAAGAUAGAUUUUAACAACAUUGAUCUCAAAUUCUGGACUGAAAAUAUGACUAAGUUCAAUUACACUGCCACGGACGUCACAAAGAACGCGACUGAUGCGUCCUCUAGCUUUAAGAAACUCGAUAGCGGAAUUAUUAACGAGAACACGUUCUAUACGAACGCUUCUAGUUAUUACGAAAGUGCCAUAAAACCCUCAGAGUUAACUAUUACUAAUACUAAUUCGUCGGCGUUGAAAGAGAUCUCUAAUGUACAUUGGGCGAGAACGGAUAGUGGGUUUAAAGAUGAGACGUCCUCAGAUAAUACUCAAUUUUAUGCGGAGAAAUCUAAAGGAUUCCGCUUCACUGAGGCUAAGUUAGAACUGUUAGAAGAGAAAGAGAAUGUGAUGACUGGAAACUUCAGCGGGUUUCUGAACCAACCUAUGAACAAGGGUGAGGUCAUGUCUAUGUCUGACUUGUUUCCGGACGACAUGACAUUCACCUGUAACUUCUCUUCGACCCCUUCCAAAAUCAAACCCAGCACUCUCAACAGCUAAAGUGAUGUCUAGAAUUAGGGAGAGUAAAAUGAUGAAAUUGGCUGUUGUGCCUCGGAGUCUCGACUCGUUUUGGCUCAUCGCGACAAUAAAGUAAGUAGUGAGUUAGUAAAAUGAUAAGGUCUACUAUUAGAUUCAUGCUUAUUUAAAUAAAAAUAUUAGUAAAUGACAAAGCGCAAAGAAAGGACGUGGACCAGAAAAAGGAAAAAAAAACGUCAUUUAACUACCUGUUCCACAUGACAAUUAAGUUUUAAGUAAUGAAAUUAAAGACUUAAUUUAUUGAAAGUUUAAUAACGCAGUAAUUUAAUAUAACAUAUGCAAAUGCAAUUUUACUCUUUCUAAUUCUAGACACACAACCGUGCCAAUUUUAGCCGGCUAGGAGCUUUUUAAGAAAACUUAUUUUUUUACGCGUUUACAUGAAUUCUAGAUAAUUUUUGACUUAGAAUAAUUAUUAACGUUUUUAUUGAAUUAUGUCUGAUUUUGUGAGCUUAAUGUAACACUUUCGUUGCCAGCCUAUACAAUAUGAACUCGGCCGUCGGGUUGAAGGCAAUGAAAGGGUUACCAGAUAAUAAUUAUGCAUGAAAUUUGUAUUUUGUAGUUUUGAUGAUUGUUUACUUGAGCCAAGUAAAAUUUAAUAAAGUUUUUAAGACUGAAACUGGUGAAGAAUCUACAUUUUUGAUUAUGCAUGCAAUUUCGUCAUUAGCCGGGUCCACACAGGGCGAGGCGUGUCGACAGGCAAUCUGCUCCCGUGGCAAAUCUACUAUGUAGACUUGCCUCGCCCGUUGCUCGGCCGAUUAACCUGUAUCUGCCGAGGUACGUUUACAUUGGACGUUGCCUCGCGACGUGCUCUUUCUGUGAACCCGGCUAUUAAUGUGUAUCGUUUACCUUAGGGCUUUUUAUGCGCUCCAGGGUAAGCCAACAAACUCUGACUAUACAAACCCUGCACAUAUAAACCGUUAACUAAGAAAAAACGAGUUGGCUAACCCUGGAAUUGAAGUGGCCUUUAGGCAAUUCAAACUGCGCCGCGAUUCACAAACCUUUGGUAUUGAUUUGUAUCAUGAGCAUUUUUUCCUAUGAGAUGUUAUUCACGUUCAAUUAACAAUCACGCCUGUAUCCCAUAAAGGAGUAGGCAGAGCACAUGAAACCACUCUCUAGUUUUAGUGCCACUCUUGGCAAAUAAGGGGUUGCAAGAAAACUAAAAAUUUUGUGUGAUUAUUCUAGAGAAGAAAACGUUGGAUGAUAUGACUCAUGUCCAAAGGUUAAUAAGGCCAUACCUAGUUACCUAUUAUAAUAAUGAGGUUGCUGUUAUCAGACAAAAUAAAUUACAUACCUAAACAAAAAUAUACAAUCAAUACUGUCUGUACUGUUAAAAUCGACCGCCGGUCACUGGUGGCUAUAUCGGUCGCCCACUGCAGACGACAUGUAAUAAAGUAAAUGGAAGUAAUAUG